AAAGAGGGCGGAGAGCAGGAGGACCUGAAGACCGAGCGAGAGAGAGCAAGAGAGAGAGCGGGUUUUGGCGAGAGUUUUGGCGAGCGAGAGUUUUGCGCCGUGCGAGGCUGAGUAAGGGAGAACGAGAGCGAGAGCGUGGCUUGGGUGGGGCUGGCUACUGUGGCCGUGGCCAGUGCUGGAAUGGAUGCAAUCUUACAGGAGAAGCUCGCCGAGAAACUCCUCUGCCCACGAGCACGGAGCUCCAGACAGAAGGAUAGGCAGUAUGUGGGUUUCGCCACGCUCCCUAACCAAGUCCACAGGAAGUCUGUGAAGAAGGGCUUUGACUUCACACUCAUGGUGGCUGGUGAGUCUGGGCUUGGCAAGUCCACUCUGGUGAACAGCCUGUUUCUCACAGACCUCUACAAAGACAGGAAGCUACUGAACGCAGAGGAGCGCAUCAGCCAGACGGUAGAGAUCACCAAACAUACGGUGGACAUUGAAGAGAAGGGUGUGAAGCUCAAGCUCACCAUCGUGGACACACCCGGCUUUGGAGACGCCGUCAACAACAACGAAUGCUGGAAGCCCAUCACAGACUACAUUGAUCAGCAGUUUGAGCAGUACUUCAGAGAUGAGAGCGGGCUCAACAGAAAGAACAUUUUAGACAACCGUGUACACUGCUGUCUAUACUUCAUACCACCAUUUGGACAUGGGCUGAGGCCGAUCGAUGUGGAGUUCAUGAAGGCCCUUCACGAAAAGGUGAACAUCAUUCCUCUUAUCGCCAAGGCUGAUUGCCUCACCCCCAAUGAGAUCAAGAAACUCAAGGACAGGGUACGAGACGAGAUUGAGAAGUUUGGGAUCAAAGUCUACCAGUUCCCGGAGUGCGACUCAGACGAGGAUGAAGAAUUCAAACAGCUGGACAAAGAGCUGAAGGAGUGUACACCGUUUGCAGUGAUCGGCAGUAACACAGUGGUGGAAGCGCGGGGCCAGCGAGUGCGGGGGCGUGUCUACCCCUGGGGCAUCGUAGAAGUGGAGAAUCAGUCCCACUGUGACUUUGUGAAGCUUCGGAGCAUGCUGAUUCGCUCACACAUGCACGACUUAAAGGAUGUGACCUGUGACGUCCACUACGAGAACUACAGAGCACAGUGCAUACAGGAUAUGACGAGUAAACUAACUCAGGAUAACCGUGUGGACAGUCCAAUCCCCAUCCUGCCUGUCCCAACUCCAGAUGCAGAGACGGAAAGACUCAUCAAGAUGAAAGAUGAGGAGCUGAAGCGGAUGCAGGAGAUGCUGGAGAAGAUGCAGCAACAGAUACAUGAGAAAGACCAGUGAAGAUGAUACCACCACCCCCCCUAACAGAUACAUGAGAAAGACCAGUGAAGAUGAUAACACCCCCCCCCCCCCCAACACACACACACACACACACAUACACAUAGAGACAUGAGAAAGACCAGUGAAGAUGAUAACACCCCCAACACACACACACACACACACACAUACACAUAGAGACAUGCACACACACACACACACACAUACAUAGAGACAUGCAUAGACACAUCUAAAAACAGAAAAAUGCUCACAAACAGAUCUUACAGACAGCACACACACACACACUCUCUCUCUCUCUCACACACACACACACACACACAUACAUACAAACACUCACCUCUCUAACUUUAAGACCCAACUCUCCAGUGCACUCUGUUCUAGACCCUGGCCUGUAAAUGAUGCUUGUGCCCCAGUGGCCUAUUCUCUCCUGUCCCCCAGCUGGUCAGUUUGCCUGGCGCUUCUAGUCCGCUCCUCUGCCUGGCCAAUACAGCGAUGGAUCAAUGUGCUUUACCUUUCCUACCUUUUUCUGAAUGGACUAAGUAUCUUGCUAUGAAUUAUAGGCUAAUAUAAUGAUGAUAUUAAUGUAUGAGUGACAUCGAAAUGAGUCUAAUUUAUAUUUAUGCUCGCUAUUGUUGUUUAUUUUUUACAUUCGGAGUCAUAUCUUGAAUACGCUUAUGGUACAUUGUUUUGUAAAGCGGUCUGUUUUUAGCUGGGCUGUUUUGGGGUUGAUUGCCCUUCAUGUACAACUGUAAGUGUGUGUGAAUGUGUGUGUGUGUGUGUGUGUGUGUGUGUGUGUGUGU